AUGCAGGGCCGUUCGCCGUACGAGGGGAACUGGGCAAACGACGAGCGGAAUGGGCACGGAACCUACUGCUACGCGUCCGGAGCGGUGUACGAAGGCAGCUGGAAUGAAGGAAAGAUGCACGGGAAGGGUCGCUACACCGGCGCUAGCGGGUCUUGCUAUGAUGGCAUGUACAGGUACGACUUCAUGGCGGUGCUUGGUGGGUUCGACUUCAAGGAACUGUUGAGGUUCGAGAAGCCCCACUUCCGUCGGCUUUUGGCGGCGCUGGAGCUUCCACCCGAGUUCGUGAUUUCGAGGUGAGAUGGCACGCUGCGGCAUGAAAUCUCAUGCCUCUGGUCCUCUUGGUUCAGCAGUAGACUAGUCUAGUGCCGCACACAAGCGAACGACCGUGCUGCAGUGGAUCCCUCGGGAAUAUUGAGGCUUGUAAAUGCUGCUAAGGCGUGUUGUUGCAUAUGCAGGCUAAAGGUUGGGGCAAUGCGUUUGGUGUCGAUUCGCAGCGACUCUCUUCUGGACGUAGUCAUAUCACUCCGGAUUUUUUUUUAAUUUGAAGAUGUCCGCCUCUAUCUGUCGGUUUAGGCGACUACUACAGCUGUUGCGGCCACCAAAAAGAGGUUCAGGUUUAGGGGUAGGAGACGGAGGGUUAAAAGCGAUGAAAGUCCCGGGGUGACUCAACGCUUGUGCCUGUCCCACGAUCCGCUCUUGGAGGAAACAACAUUGAAACGCCAUUGUGUGCUUUAGUGUUCCUGUGAAACGCCGUUGGGUUACCCUGCUUAUGUUGCUUCUCUCCGCCGAGGUGUCCCCCAACCUCUCCACAACCCCGACUCCCUGUUCCCGUGUUGUGUUUAUGA